AUGUUCAAGCCAAUUUUCAACAUCUUCAUGUGGCGCACCACUGAAGCGAUUGGGUACAAGUGGCUGAAGAAGCGUUACCUGGGCUGGAUUGCAAACGGGGCUGCUUGUAUCCCUUGGACCACCUGUGGCUGGCUGGCGGAGGCCAUUGGCAGAGGAGAGAAGUGGAGAAAAGUACGCUCAGUGUUCAACGCCUGCUUCACAGCUGGAAAAGUGAAGACGCUCUGUCGCAGUAUCGACGGCACUGUGACGCGCCUUGUCCAGAAAUUUGACGAUGCUGGACGUUUUGGUGACGUCAUUGACGCCCAUGAAGCCGCUCGUUGUAUGGUAUUGGAAACGUUGACAAGGACUGUGCUUGGACGACAGGUAGACUGCCAGGCGAACAGCGAUGACGCAACGCUCAAAUCAUUCGAAGUUAUAUUCCGAGAAGUCGACGACGCCUUGGUAGAGAGUGCGUUUGCCUACCCCGGUCUCUACAGUAUUCUUCAGCUCCUUUAUCCCUUCACGUCGUUCUCCAAAGCGGUGCAGAAAAUAAUGGAUGACGCAUUGAUCACUCUAAACAAACGUAGAAGUGGCGAGGAAGCGCGAAGAGAGGAUGUGCUGCAGCACGUCAUCGAUGCUCAAGAAGGCGUCGGAAAUAUUUUGCCCACAGCUAGAGCUAACGUGCGUUGCAUUGAUGACCACACCUUAGUAUGUAACUUAGCGAUACUUAUUCUAGCUGGCUACGACACAACAUCUGCUUCCCUCGCUUUCCUGCUGUAUCUUCUCGCCAAGCACCCGGAAGAACAGCUAAAAAUACGAGCUGAACUUGUGAGUGCCCUCCAUCAUAAGGAAGACUCCGAUCGUCAAGCUUUUUCGGAAACUGAGCGUACCGCCACCACUUUCGAUGGGAAGCAAAACCUUGAACGCAAGGGAUGGCAACCUUGCGACAACGUUCCCGGCUUGUCACCCCCACAUACCGUAAACGAUGUGGCGAGCGAAGCAACGUCCUCGAAUGCAGACGCAGUGAACAAGGAGCUCGAUGAAGACGACGUCAUGCAGCUCCAACGCCUCGACAUGGUUGUACGAGAGGGUCUGCGCUUGUACCCAACAAUUCCGAUCAACGUCAUGCGCGAAUGCAUGGAGGACACGACCAUCCUGGGCCAAUUCAUACCAGCAGGAACGAGCAUUUUUGCGCCACCGUGGCACAUUCACAGGAACGCGGAUAUCUGGCCUGAACCGGACCGAUUCCUACCGGAACGCUUCUCGCCUGAGCACCGCGACAACGUGGCAUCUUCUUACUAUCCAUUUGGCCUCGGCCCCAGGACGUGUGUCGCGCAUAGGCUAGCGAUGGUCACGUUGAAAACAGCGCUUUAUAGGAUAGUGCGAAAUUUCGAUAUUUCCCUCGCUGAGGAUUUGGCGGACCCGCUACCUGUAUGCGUGCACAACAUUGUUCUGAAUCCCGCAGUGGCCAUAAAACUUAAGGUGACGAGGACCAAUAUAUAGCAGACCCGAGAGCACUCACCUGUGGUAUAAAUGCCCCUUCUACUAUUGUUUACACAGCCUGUUCUUUAAUUCAUUGCAUUAUGACCAGUUAUUCGCAAGGUGUUUCUUAUACCUUUGCCUCGUGCCUUGAGCCUCGUCCCUUGACUGAUUCAUUUCGCGAUGAUACGUCAAAUAAAACUUUUUCCAU